AUGGCGCGGGAACUCCAGGUCUCUCCCUACACCUUCAAGCUGAUCACCGUGGGCUCCGGCCUCCCGGUGGAGGGCAACGGGGUCCGUGUGGAGAGCUUGGCGGAGAGCGGACGCAUCGAUCUGACGAUGAUGAAGAUUGAAAACCCUGGGGGUUCCUUGGCCAAAGUUUGCUGCUUCCCAGUUUUCCCUCGCCGUAAAAAGCUCCUCUUUCUGGCUCUGGCGAGCUGCUUGGGGGUCUUUCUGACCUGGCAACGAAUGACCAAAUAUCGUUUCCUCAGAGCCAACUUCAUCCCACUAAGUGGACUUAUGGCGCCGGCUUUGAGAUCUGAUUUGUCUGAAGGACAAAUCUAUGUGACUUUGAAAGAGCAAGGAAUCUUGGUGCCCAAAGGUGGCUGUAUUUGGGACAUUGGAGCAAAUGAUGGCGUUUGGAACUCCAAUUCAUUUUAUCUCAUCAAUUAUCUGAACUAUUCCGCGGUGUUGUUUGAGCCCGAAGCCGAAGUCUUCUUGUCCCUGCGACGGCGCUAUGCCACCGCGGAUUCGCCCUUCGCAGGCCGGGUGGAACUGUAUAACAUGGCCUUGAUGAAGAGCGCCGACGUCAUGGAAUAUCGUGUCUUUCCAGCCUCUUUGGAGAGCACUUUGGUGAAGACCCGGCGUCAAUACGAUCCCCAGCCGGACUACCGAUAUCAUGUGGCCGGAGCGGAUGCGCGGAUGGUCUGUGAUCAACAGAAAGAAUAUCUGAAAACAGGGCGCUGUGGGGAGACCAACUCUCAGACUUUCAGUGUCUUGUCAAUAGAUGCUGAAGGAUCUGAUAGAAGUAUCUUUUCACGAAUUCACGAGCUGGGAUGCAGCUUUGAUCUUGUGAUCAUUGAAGCGGCUGGAGAAGACCUUGUGGAAGAUGGGAUUCCAACGCCCGACUCGCAAGGCUAUCUACAGUUGCAGAGCAAAGGCGAUGGCUCCCCCCGCAGCGAUGCCGCCCGCCGCUCGCGGCUGACGGCGACGGUCGCCAUUCUGCUCUUCACGGCGCUGGUGGCAGGAUUUUUCCACUUUCCCUACGGCCUGCUGGUGUGGUAUGUGGUCUACCUCGUGGAAGCCUUAUUCUUCAACCCAACGGCCAAGGGCCUGAUGCGACUCAAACAAACCGAGUGUAUCCUGGAUUAUAUCGAUGACAUUAAGGCCUGUCGCCCUGCUCCAGAAAUCAAGGCGCAGUGUUAUCACAUGGAGACACGCACGCGACACACCACGAAUCAAGAUGGCACUACCCGCACAGAAACGUACAGCGAACGAGUUGACACGGCCAGCUUCACUGAACGCUUGAUGGUAGCGCAAUGGGACGAUAUCACGGGGAAUGUGGUAGAUGGCUUGAGCUACUUUCCUCUCCUACACGUUCACUUUGAGAUUCAAUGGGAGGCGGGAGACGCCGAGACACAUCGCAGCCAUGAACGCCAGAGACAGGCCUUGAAAGCCCGGGCAGCUGCUGCGGACGUGAGCCAUGACAUGUCAGAGGAGCUGAGGUUGAUAGAUGAACAGGGUCAGGAAUGCCCCUUCUACACUGACAUGAUCGGAACCACUGGCGACUCUUUCCCUAUGUGGUUGGGCUAUUUGCCCUACGCGAUCUGCUGCAUCCUUUGUUUGAGUUGGCCAUAUCGCUACUGCUUGGCUCAGCGGGCGGUCAAGGGGGACUUCAUCUUUGAGAAGAGCCGCUUGCUGAAAUCUUGGUCACCAAUCUGCAAUGUAACCAACUACCAAGUACGAUGA